CAUUAUCGAAAUCAUUGUGGCCUGAAAUUUUCAAUCGACAGGGAGCAAAGCACAAGGCAAUCAUGUUGUCGGACCAACGAGUCGCAUUGACUCUCUUCGCUUGUUUCAUUUUCGCUUCGAUUAACGUGGAAGCUUUCAACAGCAAGGUGACGCAAUGUCCAGCAUUUGCUCUUAGUUCCAUUCUGUCAAGGCACUCUUCGAGAUAUCACCUAUCAGUCAAAUCAGAAUCACCUGAGCCCAGCAAUGAGGAGAGGAUUGUCGGUGGGCAAGAAGUGACACCCAACGAGUUCGGUUUCAUGGCUUAUUUGGAAGUGGAAUUCUGGAAUGGCGACGUUGCCAAGUGUGGUGGAACACUCAUCAGCGAACGUUGGAUCUUGACAGCUGCUCAUUGCACCGUUGGGGCCAUUAAAGUUGACGUAUCAUUGGGAGCUCAUGAUGUCACUCCUGGCAGCACAGAUCAACAUCGAGUAACUUACACUCUGACAGGUUCAGCUGCUCAAUCCAUCAAUUAUCCUGGCUGGUAUAUCGGCAAGGUGGAAGAUGACAUUUCUCUCAUCAAAUUGCCACAGGACGUCGUUUUUAAUCAAUGGAUCCAACCGACAAGAUUGCCUUACUCUGACGAUCCUGAUCAAGUUGGUGACCCAGUACUUUUGACUGGAUGGGGAAAUUACUCUAGCACACCUGACAGUGGAUUAAGCCCUGUUCUCCGUCAAGUUGGCACCACAGUCAUUUCACACGCGACAUGCGAACCAGCUGCCGAUGUGGGUCCUUUUUCAAAUGAUAAAAUUAUCUGCGGUGAUGGAACUCAAGGACGCCGCUAUUGUUACGGAGAUGAUGGUGGUCCAAUGAACGACUACCGAGAAGAUGAACAGGAAUGGUUUGUUAUUGGUGUUGCGUGGUUCGGUGAUAAGACCAGCAGUUGCCAGAGUUCCAGCAAACCCAAUCUGUAUGCCCGUGUCCGCAACUAUGUCGAUUGGAUCCACAACCAGACUGGUAUUCCACCUCGCCAAAGACCGACAACUGCCGCCCCAACCACUCAGCGUACUACUACUACACCGACAACAACGACCGAAGAUCCCAAUGUAUUCAGUUGCAGAAACCGAGAAAACGGCCUUUAUCCAGUCCCGGAUGUCCAGUGUACCAAAUACUUUUAUUACUGCUCUAACGGGAUCGCUUAUCUUUAUGAUUGCCCUGUUGCUGGCACCAUCUUUUACUAUGUCACGUGCAAUUGUGAAUAUCCCGCCAGCGUUCCCGGAUGCAUCGGGUACGUUCCUGAGCCCUAAAACGAAAGUUUUGAAUUUAAACAACACCUGGAAAAAAUUAUGUUAUAAUCUACGGAAUGCAUUAAAAAAAUUAUCGACAACUAUUUGUCAAUUUAUAUAAUAUAAAUGCAGUCGGUUAACACUGGAUUGGCAAUGACA